AGCUGGGCGAGGUGCGCGCGAUGACGUCAUUCGUCGGCGACACGCUGCAGGGGCUCGGAUUGGAGCUGACGCGUCACGUGUUCGCCUUCGAGGAGCUGGGUCGCGGCAUCGCCGAGCACCUAGACGCGGUGCCGCUCUGGCACGGCAAGAUGGCGGCGCUAGAGCGCGUCGCUGACGACCUAGCGACGGCCCUUGACAACCACAGCCUGUCGACGCACCGCCAGCUCGCCGCCAUCGGCAGCUCUCUCACCGACGGCAGCGUGCAAUGCACUACGGCGCAAAACAUGACGCAGACGCAGGCGAAGACGCAGACGAAGACGCAGACGCAGGUGAAGACGCAGACGCAUGGUGACAACCGGAUAGUGAGCGACGCCGACGAGCCGGUGGUUAGCGUCGACGUGCUGCUGCAGCGGUUUAGCGACGCGCUGUACGACACGCAGGUCGACGUCAGGUCCCUGCUGGAGAUGGCGCGCAAGGAGACGAGCAAGACAAGAGACAACUCGUCUGCGGGCGGUGUCAGCAGCGGCAGCAGCAGCAGCAGCAGGGAGGACGUGAGCGCGUUGGUGAAGGAACAUCAGAAGGCCGUGGCAAAGCAGACGACGCUACUGAAGGAGGUGAAGUCGAACAUCUACAAUUCGAAGCGAAACAUUCUCAAGGGCAUCAAGCAAGCGCAGGAGACGCUGACGUCAUCAAUGACGCCGAUAGCGACCUCUUGCGCCGACAACGGAAACGCCAAAAAAGACGUCGGUAAGGGUAACAGCGGGAGGAAUGGCAACGACGUCGGCCUGAGCGUCGGCGCAAAGCUGUCGGCAGUCGGCGACAAGGUUGGCGAUCUCACCCGGUCGUCCAUCCGCUCGAUGGCGAUCAUGCGCGACUCUCUCGCGAGAAACGCGAGAUAUCUCGAGAGCUUCUCCACGCAGCUGUCGGCCACGUUCGAGUCUGUCGAGAAGCUGCGCAACGAGACGGGAAUGAUCCACACGGAGAUCGUGUACGCAGCCAACGCCAUCGAUAUGGUGAAGACCAUCUCUAACGCGACCGAGCGCACCGCCGCCUGGAUACGCGACCGUCUACGCGCGGACGCCGACGACGCGAAGGCGCGCGGGGACGCCCCGUGUUGCUGCACGGACCUGAGCGACCUGACGCGGAACCUGUCCAUGAUGCGCAUUCAAGAUCAGCGGAAGAUCCGGUUCGAAAAGCCCGAUGGGAAGCAGCCGACUUCCGGUGGCGUGCGGAAGGAUGACAAUCAGAAUCUGCUGGAGUUUACAACAAAUACGAGGACGGAUAACUUCCGGCCGGAAGAUCCCGACAAGUUACAAGGCACCGGAAGUCCCGUCGAGUUUUCUGUGCUAAUCACAGAGGAAGACAGAGUAGCGAUGGUGGGGAACAUGCGCUACUAUGACAUCAUACGCAACGUCGGCAACGCUUAGAAUUGCUCUACGGGGCAAUUCGUAGCGCCCGAGAAAGGUCUUUACGUAUUCAACGUCACGCUGGAGGCUCCGGAGCAGCUGUUCGGGGUGCUGGCUGUAGCGGGAAAACAGUUACUGUUUGUUCACGCUGGAGGGCGCAACGAUCACGAUUCUGGCGGCAGCGCGCUGGUUGUGUUCAUGAAGCAAGGACAUCGCGCUGAGAUCACAGGCACUUCGACCGUUUCAAUA